AUUCUGCAACAUGAAUCAGAAAGCGCGCGUUAGUAAAGAGCUUAAUGAAAAACACAGAAAGAUACUCGAGGGGUUACUUAAAUUACCAGAGAACCGGGAAUGUGCUGAAUGCAAAAGCAAGUAGGUGGCAUGGGGUCCAAGAUGGGCAAGUGUAAAUCUUGGGAUUUUUUAUAUGUAUGCAAUGCUCUGGAGUUCAUAGAAGUCUUGGAGUACACAUAUCAAAGGUGAGAUCUGCUACCCUUGAUACAUGGCUACCAGAUCAGAUUGCAUUUAUACAAAGUAUGGGAAAUAAGAAAUCAAAUAGCUUUUGGGAAGCCGAGUUGCCUCCUAAAUACGAUAGAGUUGGGAUUGAAAAUUUCAUUCGUGCAAAGUAUGUAGACAAGAGAUGGAUUCCUCGAGAGCAGAAAGUUGAAACUCAUUUGAGUAUAAUACGAAAAGAGAAUGUUCCACUUUAUAAACCCGGGACCACAACUAAGGCCAUCGUUCUUUUCCCUGAGCCAAAACAGACCCCUCAACUUUACAAUUUGAACAAAACGACACCUCCUCUUCCUUCUUCUAGAGUUGUUGACCAACAGGUCAUUAUACAACCAAAACAAACUGAACCCAAGUUAAAACCAGAGGAAAGUAAAGCUAUUGUGGUUGUACCAGAUCAAAAGGUUAAUAAUGACUAUAAUGCCACUUAUCUUUUUGAUAUUCCCCCUGUGGAUGCAAAUGGCUUCAAACCUUCUUCUAGCAAUGAGGAUCCACAAGCAAAAACCCAAACGUUAGACAAUGAUGCGAAGAAAUCAAGUAACAAAGUGAAGUCCGAAUUUGAGGAUCUUUUUGAUGGAUUAGAUUGGGUUGCCCAAGAACCUUGUACACAAGUAAAAAACGACACCAUGAAACUUUUUGAAAAGUCAACUACAAUGCAACCGCUUCCUGUCCCGCAACAACAAUAUAAGGUCAUGGGUAAUCAUCAAAAUGGCACCAACGGAUUCCACCGUCUUCCAAAUCAGCAAAUCGGAAACAGCAAAUCUUCACAACCUAUCGGGAAUCCCGGUUUUUACACCACAUCCAGUAUGUAUGGUGGAAGUCGAGUUGUCCCGAGUACAAAAACUUUAGGAAGAAGUAGACCGUCCACGACAUCCGCGGGAAAGCUAAGCCUUCCGACUCAAUUAGGAGGUGAUUACGACUUCUCGUCGUUAACACAAGGGAUGUUUGGCAAACGAUGAGCAUAUUUUUAUUUUUUAUCAUGGGGUUUUAAAGGAAAAUAAGCCAUUAAUUAUAUAGAAAUAGAAAUUAUAGUAAAUUCAAU